GCGGGAGAAGAGGGCGGGCCAAAGGUGACGCCGCGGUGGCGGAGGUGCGGGCCUCCGAGGCACUCCGGGCGGUGGAUGGCGGCGGGAUGCAGCCCGAGGGGAGCGGCGGCGGCGGGUCGGCCGGGCUCAUGCAGCAGAUCCUCAGCCUGAAGCUCGUGCCGCGGGUGGGCAAUGGGACCCUGUGCCCCAACUCCACUUCGCUCUGCUCCUUCCCAGAGAUGUGGUAUGGUGUGUUCCUGUGGGCACUUGUGUCUUCUGUCUUCUUUCAUGUCCCUGCUGGACUCCUGGCCCUCUUCACCCUCAGACAUCACAAAUAUGGUAGGUUCAUGUCUGUAGGCAUCCUGAUGAUGGGCAUCGUGGGACCAAUUUCUGCUGGAGUCUUGACAAGUGCAGCAAUUGCUGGGGUUUAUCGAGCUGCAGGGAAGGAGAUGAUCCCCUUUGAAGCCCUCACCCUUGGCAUUGGACAGACGUUCUGUGUAGUGGUGGUCUCUUUUUUACGGGUUUUAGCUACUCUAUAGCAUAUGUCCUUUCACUGUGAUGUCACACCUGCGUUUUAUACUCCUCAAAAGGAAGAGACGGUGUCAUGAUUUCUUCGUUCCUCAAAUGGAAGCAACUUGGGAGCAGAAGAAUGGGAAGAACACCCCAGCUCUUUCUCCAGUUGGAAGCUCCAGCAAUUGAAGACCCUUGUAGACAGCUCUCAUUCUCAGCCACGCCAAGCUCCUUGGCUUUCUUUUCUUAUGGCCACUUAAGUUUUACAUGCACAUCUUCAUCUAAGCCAACAAUGCCUCAGGUUUGCAUCUUUCGAACAAGAUUUUGCAUCAUUUGCAAAAAAAUGCAACAUUGCUGUUUCACAGAAACAGUGGACAAUGAUGUUUGAUUUGAAGGGAGCAGGCUACACUGUACUAAAAGCUUACUGUCAUGACAGGAAAGCCGAGCUUGCUUGGGUUGUGUGUCGCUCUGAGAGCAAACUGGUGGACUCUUAACUGGAAGAACUGAAGUAUAAUUCAAAGUAACAGCUCCAGUCCCACUAUCAGAAGUAGGUGACUACUGUGAAUGUGACAUUUUAUGGGUAACUCUCUUGACCUCUGAUUAUUUAAUAUAUUUUAAGAGAUGUGAA